CCCCGAUGCAUGGAACUUAAACGAUUAUUGUCCAAUGUCAAGAAGAAAGAAACCCAAUCCAUGGAAGCUUAUUUACGGGAAAUCAAGAAUUUAGUUGAUGCUCUAGCCGCUAUUAAUUCUCCUGUUUCGCAUAAAGAGUUACUUCAGUCUGUUUUGGCUGGUUUGGGUCCAGACUACAAGCCUCUUGCUACUACUGUAUCUCUCUUUCCCGAAAACUUUCCCUUUGACAUUCUUGAACCCCGUCUCCUCGAAGCCGAACAACAAAUUUUAUCUGAACGUCAACAACACGCGGCUAUUAGUCAUCAAGCUUUUGCAGUCGCUGCUAAUGGGGGGCAGCAGCCGGCGGGCUAUGCAGCUCGCGGAAGGGGAGGCCGCGGCAGAGGACGAGGCGGCCGCCAGGGUCGUGGUCGUGGCAGAGGGCCACCACACCAGCCCUAUGGUUACCAGGCAGCACCGUUUUUCAGUGCACAGUAGCCGGCAGGAGCACCGCCAUCUCACGGUGGUCAUCCAGCAGUUCCUGGCAUCGGCCAGCAGGGGCUCGGUCAGCCUGGAACUAAUCAGCAGCAAGCUUAUUUUCAGGGGGUGCAAUCUUCUCGUCCAAACACUUCAGGCUUCCCAUCGGGUGAGGGAAUUCUUGGUUCUGUUCCACCGCCCGUUGUCUGUCAGCUUUGUUUCUCUGCAGGUCACUCUGCUCUUCAGUGUCCAUCCCGGUAUGCUCCGCCAUCUGCGCCAGCUUUGCUGACCUCCAAUGGGGAAUCAAACUCUGCUUUAUGGUAUCCUGACUCUGGAGCUUCGGCUCACAUGACUCCUACGGAAGGUAUUUUAGUUAAUAAAUCAAUUUAUACUGGACCCCUUUCUAUUAGUGUCGCUAAUGGUUCCAAACUUCCCAUUGCUAAUAUUGGAGAUGUUCAUCUACAUUCUUCUAGCCG